AUAUGUUAAGUUUCAUUAUGGGUUUAAAUACCUUGUUUUCGUUUUCUCUUCUUCAAGCGUUGAAUCCCUAGCCGCAGCCCACUCACGCAGUAGCCGCCGGCCUUAGACGCCCAUAUCUCCGUCCGUCGUCCGUUGAACUUAGUGCCACCCAGGCCUCCGCCCUUCGUUCAGCAUUCGACAUUGGCGAGACCCGGAUGCCUCCUCCGUUCGGUGUUCGAGGCUUAGCGCCGCUCUGACCGGUCGUCUCCUACACGCGUGAGCUCCAACUACAGUCAGAGGUCGCCGUUCGUGGAUUUGAAGCCAUUCGCGAACCUGAAGCUGGCACGGGUUUUCUUGUCGCGAGCCUCGCCGUUUGCCGCCGCAGCGACCGCCAGCCUCGCCAUUUGUUGUCGAUCGCCAUUUCUGCUGGUCUCGCUGUCAAGUUCUCCAACCGUGACUUUGUCGAAAUCUUGAGCUUUGGUAAGGGUAAGGACACUGAGGCGAUUGACAAGAGGAAUUCGUAACAGGGCCAACGGGACUAGGAAACUCUUCCGUAUUUGAGUUCAUAUGUCCCUCCAUGCUUUACAAUUUCUUUUCAUGGUUUUUUUUUUUUUUUUUUUUCUUGACGGAGUCUUGUUGAUAGAGAUUUUCUUUUCCGUUAAUAUUUUUUUUAUUUCCUAAAACUUAUGCUUUAAGGGGUACCCUGUUUCAAAUGGAUUGGAAUAUUGAGUAGGAAUUUGGUUAAAUUCAACAUUUUCGUUUUAGGCAUUCCAAAUUUUCUUGUUUUCAACGUAAACAUUUAUGCAUGCAUGCAAUAACAGCUCUAUUAGUUGUCUUAGAAAGUUGAGUUGUUAUAGUUGGUAACAGAGCCCAUGUUUUGUGUUAUGUAGACUGACUUACUAUGUAAGUCCAGGUUAUUCCUUUGGCCAAUAACCGAUUCUUCGUCAGCGCCAGGUAUGUCCUUUAUUAAAAGUAUUUAGGAUAAUAUGCACCAGUAUAUGUAGUACUUAUGAUCGUGUUUGGCAUCUUUUAUUGGUAAGGAAAGUUGUUAAAGAUUGGUUGUGAACAAUUGCCAGGGAAUGGUACUUGUUAGGGGAAGAGGCAGUCACAGGGAUACCAGAAGGUGGCGCGAUCUCGAAGGGCAGGAUCCGAUGGUUCAGGAUCAAGAUCCAUGGUUCAGGAUCAAGAUCCACAAGAUGAGGAUCCACAAAUUCAAGAUUUGCAAGCUCCGGAUCCUUAAGUACCAGAGGACCCCUUACCGCCUAGAGACCUCUCAGGGUCAGGGUGGUAGAGAACCCAAACACGGAGUCGAGCACAACACACGGCUAUGCCACUGCAGACACAACCUUUCCCCCUUAGUCGUCCCAAUAAAGUUCACCGAUUGGGCAACCGCUAUUGGGGAAGCAAUCACAUCAACUGUGUUGAGUCCAGUGAAGGACAUGUUAGAUGAGCGAAUGGCCCAGUUUGCCCAGUUUCAACAGUUAUCACAGCCACAAGUUCAGAUGUCGCAAGUCCAGACUCAGAAUAUGAUUCAAAACCAGAGCAUGUCGAACCUUUCAGUGGAGGCUAAGCACUUGCGAGAUUUCAAGAAGUACAACCUCAACAUCUUCAAUGGGCCACUAAAGAAUUUGACCAAUGCAAAACUAUGGAUAUCAACGAUGAAGCGAUUUUCCAUUAUAUGAAAUGCCCAGAAGAUCAGAAAGUGCAGUGUGUCGUCUUUAUGCUCACUGACAAAGCACAAAUUUGGUGGCAGUCGACAGAAAGGAUGUUAGGUGUGAAUGGGGAACCUGUGAUAUGGGAGAAGUUCGUGGAGCUGAGGUAAGGGCACAGGUCAGUGGAGAAGUAUGACCAAGAGUUUGACACCCUAUCCCAUUUCGCCCCAGAAUUGGUUGCUAUAAAGGCUAUGAGAGUAGAGAGGUUCGUUCAAGGUCUAAAGGACAGUAUACGAGGUAUCGUGCGAGCCUUCAAACCGACCACUCAUGCUGAAGCACUUUGCUUGACAGCUGAGAUGGACUCACAACCAGAGGACGAGCACUCACGGGCAUUUGUGGUAGAACCUUCCUCGGGCCAGAAGAGGAAGGCAGAUCAUAAGCUUUCGAGCCUUAUCCCCAUCAGAAAAGUCAAAGCUCAGUCAGACCACUUCGACACUUUAAGCAACAGGCCGUCGAGGCAGGUAUGGUAGAAAGAAGUCAGCCAGUGUGUAGCUCGUGUGGGAGAUAUCACUAGGGAUGAUGUUUGGCGAGCACCAGGGUCUAUUUUCAUUGCAAACAGGAGAGGCACUUGAUUGAUAGAUGCCCUAAUAGAAACACAUCAGGUUACAGGAACUAGUCUAUAGGCCAUGAACAGAGGAAUUCGAAUAGACCUCAACAACAACUAGGUCGUGUUUACUCAACACUUGACAGGAGGCAGAGAAGUCGGCACUGUUGUGACAAGUACGCUCUCAAUCUUGGGACACUUUGUGUUGGUAUUAUUUGAUUUUGGUUCAUCCCAUUCAUUUAUAUCAUCAAUAUUUGUUAAGCAUGCCAUGUUAGAUUAGAGCCUUUGCGCUAUGUGUUAUUGGUAUCCACUCCGUCUGUAGAAAUUAUGUUAGCAGAGGAAAAGAUAAAGCAUGUCAGAUUGAAGUAGCGAAUCAGACACUAGAUGUGACUUUAAUAGUCUUGGACAUGCGUGAUUUUGAUGUGAUAUUGGGCAUGGAUUAGCUAGCUGCUAAUCAUGCCAGUAUAGACCGCUCUUGCAAGGAGGAGAUUUUUAACCCUCCCACGGAAGCCAGCUUUAAAUUUAAAGGGCAGGAACCAUGGUCCUGCCCAAAGUAAUUUCAGCUAUGGAUGCCAAGAGAUUGCUUAAUCGAGGUACCUAGAGUAUCUUGGCUAGUGUUGUUGAUACUAGAAAGCCUGAGGUCUCCUUUGAAGGAACUCUUAUCAAAGAGUACCUCUAAGCGGAAGCAAGAUCAUUC